CAAGCCUCCCGGAGGAGGGCCCGGGUGGCAGCACCGUGGUGGGUGGAACCAGCACGGGCAGGUUUCCGGGGGUGGGAGCCCGGGGCCUAGCGCGCGGCCGGCCCACCCGUGAGUCAGCGCCCUGCCUCGGCCGCUGUGUCUUCCUGCUUUCCCACAGAACACCCCGGUCCCUGACGUCUGCCGUGUGCUCCUCCCCACUGCCCUGCCUCUGGUGCCCGGGCUCUAUGGAGGUGGGCAGACGGUGCCGGGCCAGACCCAUCUUCCAGCUGUCAGCAGCUCGGCACGCCUGCAUGGGGGGCCUGGGGUGGGGCAGGGAAGCGCGUGUGCAGGGGGAGCAUCCAGGCCAGCACCAGGCACCUCGACACUCCCGGGACGGAGCAGAGAGCUGGAGGAGGCGAGCUGGCCUCGCAGGACGGACGGGUCCCGGUGACAGCCCUCCCCUGACCCCCGGUGACUGGCCGCGUGGCAGGACCGGUCUCUGGGUGUGGGCAGACAUGUCAUUGGCCUGACUACACGGGGACUCAGACAUGCCAGGUUCCCCGCCCCUGCCCCCUGGCUGGCCCCCACAGGAAGGUAACCCCACCUGGGGCAGCCACAGAAACCCGUCCAACCAGCCCAGGAGGCCGAGGAUGCCAGGCUGGUGGGAGUAAGGAGGGGCCCUCUGGCCCUUGGCCUCUUCCAGCGGGGGAGGUUCUGGGGUCUGACCCCCUCCCAGUCCUCCCCGACACACCCCAUCCUGCUAUGCCACCGGGCUGGCCCCGGGGCCUCGGCCAGGCAUAUGCCAGGGGGAGUUGGCCUCUGAAGGGGCGUCUGAGGCUUUCCACAGCGCCUGCGCCUGGGAGUUUCUGGGUGGUCUGUCCACUCCUGUGCUCACGGGCCUCCUCGUGGGGCUGGCUUGUGAUGGGAACACCAAGGGGAUGAAAAGGCUCUGCGACAAUUCAGCACAGACUCACACACAGCGCCCGAGCCACGGUGCGGUGGGGCCCUCGGGGCUCUGAGCUGGUGGGGGUCCUGGCAGGGUUCCUGGAGGAGGUGACGUCUGAACUGAGUGCUGAAGAGCAGGCAGCACCCAGGCGGAAGCCAGAAGGCUUUCCCGUCGUGAGUGGCGGUCGAGUAGGAGUGGGCGCAGGUCCAGGUCGCGAGGCAGGAGACCGGGCAGUGCUGCACGGCGUGGGGGGGUGCGGGGCAGGCAGAGCAGGGGCGCCCCGGCUCCAGUCCUGUUGGCGGUGCUGGUGGAUCCAGUUGCAAGCGCUUUGUGGCUGAAAGGGGAGCCCACGCAGCCCGCAGCCACCACCUGCCUCCCUGCUGACUGGUCCAUGUUCAGCCAGUAACGUGAGCCCCAGGGAGGGAGCCCCAGGCGCCCCGGGUCCCCCCACCCUGCCCCCGGUAACCCUCGGUGUGGACAGAGCCGCCCGGCAGAGCAGAUGCAGAGGCUGUACCGCCCCCCCGCAUCCUUCCCCAGGAUGCUGCUGCCAGAGGAGCCCCCAGCCUCUGAAGAGGCCAUGGCUGCUGGGCCCCAGCACGGCGACUGUGUCAUCUGCUACUCGGCCUAUGACCUCACCGGGCACCUGCCCCGCCGGCUCUACUGCGGCCACACCUUCUGCCAGGCAUGUGUGCGGCAGCUGGCCACGCCGGCCCCCGAGCAGCGCUGGGUCCCCUGCCCGCAGUGCCGCCAGAGCACGCCCGUGCCCCGCGGAGGGGUGGCCAUGCUGGACCUCGACCUGGCCGCCUUCCUGGCCGUCAGGGCCGGGCGGGGGCCGUCUCGCCUGGAGCUGCAGCCCGCCGGGCCCCACAAGGGCAGCCCCACCAUCACUCAGCAGCCAGCCAGGCUCCUCCCCGCGUCGGGCCCCUCGCCCCACUUCCCCCAGCCCGGAGGCUGCUGUCCAGCAUGCCGUAGCCUCUGCUGGCAUCCCCCAGGCAGUCCCCAGCUCUGAGCU